UUGUUCUUGCCGAGGAAUACACCCACCAAAAACGAAGUUCCCCUGUUCCCGCGUGUAACAGAGCAUAGCAGGAGCAGAGGCAGAAGAGACCACUGAAGAAGCGUACGAACUUGACCCUUUAAUGGCGCGGGGGAAGGCGAAGAAGAAGGAAGAAGAAGACACUGAAAUCAUAAACCCAGAAACGUUGGAGCGCAAGAAGCUCAAAUCUUUGGCCUUUGCCAACAACAUUCUCUCGGAGACCCCUGCUAGCAGCUCCGUUCUACUCAAACCUUCCUCCGUCGUGGCCAAGCACCACGGCAAAGACAUCAUCAAGAAGUCUCAGAGGAAGAGCAGCAGGUAUCUCUUCUCCUUCCCGGGGCUAAUUGCUCCCCUUGCUGGUGGCAAGAUCGGUGACCUUAAGGAUUUGGGAACCAAAAACCCUGUUCUCUACCUCGAUUUCCCCCAGGGUCAAAUGAAGCUUUUUGGGACCAUUGUAUAUCCAAAGAACAGAUACUUGACUCUACAGUUCCCUAAAGGUGGAAAGAGUGUAAUGUGUGAGGACUAUUUUGAUAACAUGAUUGUAUUUUCGGAUGCAUGGUGGAUUGGGAGGAAAGAUGAAAACCCUGAAGAAGCCAAACUUGAUUUUCCUAAGGAAUUCUAUGAGGGGCAUCAAGCUGAAUAUGACUUUAAAGGGGGUGCCGGUGCAGCUUCUGUAGUCAAUCAAGGGGUUCCUAGAUCCAGGAUUCAACAUGCAGAACCAGAGUCACCAAAGACACCCUCUGAAAAUGAAUUGUCUUACAGUGAACUAAAAUUAGAAGAUACAAAGGAAUCGGGUCCAUCCCGGCAGUCAACAAGAACUGCAGGAAAAUCAUACAAAUUUGCUGAGAUUUCGGCCAGUGAUGAUUCUGGUGAAAACAGCCCUGACAUUUCUGAUCACGAAGAGAAAGUGGAAGAAGUUGAUACUGCUGUAAAUGAUCAUAAUAGCUCAAAUAUCCUUAUUGAGUCAGGUAUACCCUUAAAAUUGUGGGUGAAAAAUCUUAUAUGUGUUUUUUCAAGCAAUUAUAUAAACCUCGUCCCUGUAUUUUGCAUAUCAUUUCUAAGGCUACACCAAACUAUCCCAGAUGCUUUAAUAGUUG